CAGUUUCACAGUCACAGUAUUCACAUUCAUACGAAUAAACGGGUUGGCGCGAGAGCGGUAGUGUAACCGUUGGAUCCCGAGUAGCUGAAAAUAUUUCAGAAAGUGAUAUUAUCUUAUUUUCGAUAACUUUUUUUUUAUUUCUUACUGAACGAACUACACUGAGACACAUUCAAGAUGUUUUGGGGAUUAAUUAUGGAACCGAACAAACGGUACACCCAGACCGUUGAAAAAUCAUUCCACGUGUCGAUGGCCAGCCUCGACGCUGUUACUGCCGACAAUACAAUUGUUCAGGUGAUGCUAUGCUAUGACGAGCGCAACUAUUUGUUAUGCAGUCUGAAAAAAGAUUUGGCCUGGCAAGUGCCAUUAGACUUGAAUUUUCAAGAGGGUACAAAAAUAGCGUUCACAUCCAAUGGACGUGGUCAUGUUCACCUAACGGGUUAUCUAAUACCAGAAGAGGAGGAUGAUUUGGAUUUGGACGAGAUGGAAGAAGAAGAUGAAGAGGAAGAAGACGACGAAGAGGUUCCACAAUUAGUGGGCAAACAGUCUAAAAGAAAAGCUAAUGAAUCCCCCAAGGAGAAUAAAAAGAUUAAAAGAUUGAAGGCGCAAAAGAAAGAAGAAGAGUCUUCGGAGGAGGACGACGAUGAUGUUGAGAACGAUGAUGAAGAGGACGAGGAAGGUCUCGAAGUUAAAGGCGAGGCUGAAGAAGAUUCAGACGAAAUGGAUGAUGACGACGAUGAAGAAGAGGAAGAUGAUAGCGAAGAAGAUGACGAAGAAGAGCCGGAAGUGAAACCCCAACAGAAGAAAAAUAAACAGCAGCAGAAACAAAAUGCCAAACAAGAAAAGCAAAAAAUGGUCAACGGAAAAGACGUUAAACAGGAGUCCCAGAAACAGCAAAAGAAAAAUAAAGCCGAACAACAGCAACCACAACAGAACAACGCUCAAGUGCAAAAAAAAAGAGUCAUUGAAGGUGGCGUCCAAAUAGAAGAUAUCAAAAUUGGAAACGGCGCCCCUGCUAAACCAGGAAAAUUUGCUUUUGUCUACUACGUCGGUAAAUUGAAGAAUGGCAAAAAAUUCGAUUCUAUACAAUACGGCGACGGAUUUAAAUUCCGUCUUGGUAAAGGCGAAGUUAUCAAAGGGUGGGACGUUGGUAUUGCUGGCAUGAAAAUUGGAGGAAAAAGAAAAAUUACGAUACCUCCACAUUAUGCAUACGGCGCUAAGGGUUCCCCGCCAGCGAUUCCCGGUAACAGUACUCUAGUAUUCGACGUUGAGCUCAAAAACGUGCACUAAAUUUUUCUCAAAGUUAUGCAUAUGAGCGACUAUGUAUAAAAAAGAUUUUUCCAUCGACUAUUCUCUCGCGUUGUACACGUCUUCCUCAUUCUCAACGCUUCUUCGACACGUAAGGAUACAUCGUACUUCGAUAAAUAAUCACGAAUAACUGGAUGGACCAAUCGGAAUGAACGAGGCGAAUUGUAUCUCGUCAAAUAUUUCAUAACAUCGUAUCUACGUUUUUUUUCCUCGUUUCUUCUUCACACAUGUGGCAUAUUAACCGUAAUUCUAAGUUGGGUGGUCUUUUUUUAAAUAUUUUUUUCAUUGCCGCCUGCCACUGUACAGCUGCGUUUACAUGUGAAAUAAUUAUAACACGGGAAUUCAAGAAGUAUUGAACUAGGAGAAACAGGAACAAGAGCACUAUUCUGUUGAACUUUUAUUGAAUAAAACAACGUUUAUAAAUAUUUCACAACAUUGUCCUACCAUAAUGAUUCUGAUUAAAAUUAUUUUCUUACAAUUAAA